UCCUCACUCCCCUCCACUUUCACUUCUAAAUCACUCAACCACGACAACUUUUUCCGCGCUGCUUCGCUGCCAUCUUUUCUCCGAUGCGGCGUCUCCAUCUGACGCAAUGCUUCCUCUCUUAUUGAUCUGAUUUGCCAUAGAAAGGCAGGAGCAAGCGGGCGACAGGAAAUGGAGAGUGACCAGCGGGAGUCGGUGGAGUUGAGAGCGCUCCAAUCGCUAGGUCUAGGGUUUGAUCUCACGUCUGAUUUCCGCAUAAGGUUUGCCAAAGGGUACCCUGACCGGCGGUUGGUGAAGCUCGACGAGGUGAAUACUGGCGACCUCGUCUUCCCUGGAGGUUUCACUGUUCGUGGGGUGUCUAGAGAUAUCGGGUGUGAUAAGGGAGAUCGGAUUCGGUUUUGUUCCGAUGUACUGGAGUUUAAUCAGAUGUCUGAAUUGUUUAAUCAGAAAUCUUCGAUCCAAGGAAAAGUACCUUCGGGUUACUUCAAUGCUCUAUUUGAUUUAGGUGGAGCAUGGUUUGAUGACGCCAAGGAAACUAAAAACCUUGCUCUUAAUGGCUACUUCAUUUCCUUAUUCAAUUUGCAUUUAAGGGCAUCUCCAUUGGUUUUGUGCAAUGAAGUAAAGAGGGCCGUUCCAUCCAACUGGGAACCUGAGGCACUUUCCAGGUUCAUACGCACCUAUGGGACUCAUAUAAUAGUGGAAAUGGGUCUUGGAGGUCAAGAUGUAAUCUGUGUUAAACAGAAUCAUGUUUCAUCUGUAUCACCUACAGACGUUAAAAUACAUUUGGAGGACCUUGGAGACUUGUUAUUUUCUGAUGGAAGGGGUGCUUCUCCUCUAAAUCAGAAAACCAGAGGAAAGAACAAGGUUCCAGACGUGUUCUUCAAAAUUUUGCAAUCAAACAACUUUCUGCUGACCAGUCAUUCUGAAAGUUCAAGCAAAGAUGGGCUUACCAUAAUUUGCUCAAAGAGGGGUGGAGAUCCAUAUUUAUGCAGCCAUUCCAAAUGGCUGCAGACAGUACAUAAUAAACCCGAUGCAAUACUGUUUAAGUUUGUUCCUAUCACUUCUCUUCUCACUGGCAUCCCAGGAAGUGGUUAUCUUAGCCAUGCAAUCAACUUGUACCUUCGUUAUAAACCCGAUCCUGAUGCGUUACAGCACUUCUUGGAGUUCCAAGUUCCACGUCAAUGGGCACCACUUUACAGCGAACUAACUCUUAGUCUUCAACAUCCUCAACAAAGGAAAUCCUAUCCAAAACUUCAAUUUAGAUUUCUUGGUCCUAAACUUCACAUCAAUACAACCCAGGUCUCAAGUGCUUACAAGCCAAUAACUGGGCUGCGGCUGUACCUAGAGGGUUCGAAGUGCAACCAGCUAGCUCUACACAUACAGCACCUUUCUAGCCUCCCAUGCAUGUUUGAAUCAGCCAUUUCCUCCAGACUUUCUAAGUGGCAAUCAUCAGAAGACUCAGCCCCAGGAUUUAUUGAGCCAAUUCAAUGGAAGAGCUACUCCCGCAUCUGCACCGCUGCUGUAAAGCACAAUCCCAAGUGGUUUGAAAAAGUUUCUGAUGGCGUCUUUGUGGUCACUGGUGCUCAGCUUGUGACGAAGGGAAAAUGGUUGAAGAAAUCCCUCCACCUUCGUCUUCUUUUCACUCACAUCCCUAACUGCACCAUCCAAAAGACUGAAUGGGCUCAAACACCACCAAAUUCUUACAAAGGAAGUUUUUUCUCAAACAUCAGCACAACAUUGGGUUCGACAUUCACUGGUCAUCGAAAUCCUACCUCAGUGAAGCAGGAAUCUUCAACAACUCUAAAUUCCGGUGUUUUUUCUGAUGGCCCACCUGUACCAGUACAAUCUAAGAAGUUGCUGAGAUUUGUGGACAUGACUGAGGUUGUUCGAGGUCCAAACAAUGUGCCUGGCCAUUGGCUAGUUACUGCAGCAAAGCUAGUCAACGAUGGGGGUAAGAUAGGCUUACAGGUUAAGUUCGCAUUGCUAAAUUUUUCUGUGACAACUGAUAAAGAAUCCUUUUGUAAAGUGUGAGGAUUUUCAUUUGUUCUGUAGAGAUUACUGUCUUUGUUGAGGAUAUUAGGCCAUUUUAAAAUGCAUAUUGUAGUUUUCAACGUAUUUUUCAAUAUUCAUGUACAGAACAGAAGAGAGUCAGUUUGCAAUAGCAUGCGAAUAUUUCAUGUUCACCA